UCCCACCCUCCUCACUCACAGGUGUACCAUAGAUGAUCGAGUCACCCGAGUGGCCUGGCUAAACCGCAGCACCAUCCUCUAUGCUGGGAAUGACAAGUGGUCCAUAGACCCUCGUGUGAUCAUCCUGGUCAACACACCAACCCAGUACAGCAUCAUGAUCCAGAACGUGGAUGUAUAUGACGAGGGUCCAUACACCUGCUCUGUGCAGACGGACAACCACCCGAAAACUUCCCGAGUCCACCUCAUAGUGCAAGUUCCUCCCCAGAUCAUGAAUAUCUCCUCAGACAUCACUGUGAAUGAGGGAAGCAGUGUGACCUUGCUGUGUCUUGCUAUUGGCAGACCAGAGCCAACUGUGACAUGGAGACAUCUGUCAGUCAAGGAAGGCCAGGGCUUUGUGAGUGAGGAUGAAUAUCUGGAAAUCUCUGACAUCAAACGUGACCAGUCUGGGGAGUAUGAAUGCAGCGCCCUGAAUGAUGUUGCUGCACCUGAUGUGCGGAAAGUAAAAAUCACUGUAAACUAUCCUCCCUAUAUCUCAAAAGCCAAGAACACUGGUGUCUCCGUUGGUCAGAAGGGUAUCUUGAGCUGUGAAGCCUCUGCAGUGCCUAUGGCUGAGUUCCAGUGGUUCAAGGAAGAUACCAGGCUAGCCACCGGCCUGGGUGGCGUGAGGAUUGAGAACAAAGGCCGCAUAUCCACUCUGACGUUCUUCAAUGUUUCAGAAAAGGAUUAUGGGAACUAUACUUGUGUGGCCACAAACAAGCUUGGGAACACCAAUGCCAGCAUCACACUGUAUGGGCCUGGAGCAGUCAUUGAUGGUGUAAACUCGGCCUCUAGAGCACUGGCUUGUCUCUGGCUAUCAGGGACCCUCUUGGCCCACUUCUUCAUCAAGUUUUGAUAAGAAACCAUAGGUCCUCUGAGCAACGCCUGCUUCUCCAUAUCACAGACUUUAAUCUACACUGCGGAGGGCAAACCAGUUUGGGCUUCUUUUUGUUUGUUUCUGUUCUUCUUCUUGAUUUUUUGGGGGGUUUGGUUAAUUUGAUUUUUUUCUCCAGUUUGAAUGAGUGGGGUUGGGGGGAGGGGUGGGCAGGGUUCUACCAUGUGUAGGAUAAUCAUUCAUUGGUGUGUCCAAAAAUGGAAUCUAUCCCUGCUACCUGGGCCCUUCCCUUUCCUCUGCUCCUCAACCAUCAUCAUCACUACAAACUUCUCCUCCCCCAACACACCAAACCAUAAGCUCCAUUUGGGCAAAAACGUGCCUCAUGAAAAACACCCUGAAGACACAACUUGACUUACAAUGUAGUGCACAGCAAGAGUUAUAUCCAAGUGUCCUAUUAUCCGUGUCUUUUAAGCUUUGGGCCACUUUCUUUAUUAUAAUGUACAUAUCCCUCCUCCAUUUUUAUUAUUAUCUAAUUACAUUUGGGUUCACGUUCUUUCUUUCUGGGAAGCUAUCUCAGUAUACCUAUAUCCAUAUAUAUAUAUGGAUAUCCUCGUCACCUUCUCUAGCCACUCUGCCCUAUUCACUUUCUCUAUUGCUGUGGGGGUUAGAGGCUUGGGGCUAGUCACACAACCCAAAAGUAAAAGUUUAGAAGUCACUUCACCAAAAAGGGAGGGAGCAUUUUGAGGAUAGUACUUCUCUUUUAAAAAUGCUGUCUAACUUAUAAAACAAAAUGAUCUAUAAAUGACUGAUUAUUUAGGGCUUAUCAAGCUAUCACAGGAAUCAUAUGGUUAUCCAUCUACUUGACUGUGUGACUUAUCGCUCCCUCCAAUUAUCUACCCACCCAUCUUUCUCUGUAGCAAUCUAUUUACUCUAUUUAUCAAUCUAUCAAUGUAAUUAUCUAAUACUUCUCUCUAUUUCUUUCCUACUACUCACUAUCAAUUCAUCACCAUAUUAGUUUCUAAUCAUAUUGUGUCUAUUUUACUGUAUUCAUUUCUCCUCUACCUUCAGCAGACAUUGGCAUCUUCAAAAUUACCUAUCAACUUUCAUAUGGAAGCCAGUGGUCUCACAGGCUAACAACAUAGAAAAGCAAUAUGUCAUGAACUCUUUGGAAGGUGAUAUGCCAUCCACUCAAAGUAGAUGCCAUUAACAGACGGACCAAAGUAACAAUCUAAGGACCAGUCACUCACUACUCCUGGAGAUUCCAUUUCCAAAAGCAUCUUCUUGGGAAGCAGAUCAGCCCUGGAAAGGCCUUGAUCAGUGAUAUGGUUUGUUUGUUUUUUCCCUUUGACACUUGAAGGACCAAGAUGCCAAAUCUCAUGCUUCUUUCUGCCUUUCAAAAAAAUGUGUGUCAGAAACCUAUGGGACUUACUCCAUGGCUGGUUUUUAUUAAUAGCAAGAACAGAAGAGAGGAAACAUGUAUCUGUCUCUGCAGUGAAAAGAGCAAUCCACCUGUCUGAGUGCAAUGACUUCAGCUAUUGUCUCCUCCCUGUUCCAGUUUUGGUUUAAUCUGUCUGAAAACUAUCCAGUAAAAAGCUGAUGGAAGCCAAUUACAUGGUGGGUGUGUUGACAACUCUGGUAUUUGUUUCAGGAAGCUCUUCUGAGCUGAGGGCACUUGAGCAACUGACUUAAUUCCCAAGCACUUGAUUAACACAACACUGCAAACAGGAGGGGAAAGUGUAAGUGACACACAAUUUCCUCUGAUUCAGGCUGCUUCUCCAGUGGCUUUGGGGAAGAAUGUCCUCAGUUUUCCAUGUUCAAAGCAGAUCCAGCAGAUAAACAAGAGCUGACCUGACUUUUCUGCAUCAUUUCCUGGGACAAGAAAGACACAGCCAACAAGGGAGCUUAUAAUCCAAAAGAAUGGCAUUGAAAACCAUGCAAGGUUAUGUCUCUCUUUACCCAUGCUGCAAGGACUGACCUACUGAGACGAUGAUAAAGGAAAGAAGCAUCAACAGUGACUAUCUCACAGGCCUUCCCUGCUUCAGUUGGGAAACUUUGAGGUCCACAGUCUAAAAAAUAAUAAGUAUGAGCUUUAUAGAGCUCCAUUCACUUAAUGCUUAAUUGAUCUUUUCCUCCAAUAUAAAUGGCCUCUGUGUUUUGUUCAUAGUGGCACAUGAACAUGACGUGCACAGUGGAGUAAUAUAUACUUAGAUAUAUAUGACAUACAUAUAUACAUACGCGUAUACAAAGGUAGGUAGUCUUGGCAUACAAAAUGCUAGGCACUUUUGUAAGAGUUGGAGAUGGUGCAAGUGAAAUUAAUAUUACAUUUGCCAGCUGUAAACAGACAUCUGCAUUUUCUAGUGAGCUGCCAGGAGCCAGAUUCUGGGAAUAUAAAUGAUGUGCCAAAAGCAGUGUAUUGAUUCCAAGUUCCAGGGACAAUCAUGAGCAGACGCAAAGUCAGAAUUAAAGGUCGGACAUCAUUGUUUCAGAUCUGUCAUCACAUUCUGCACCUGGAGUCAGGUUGGUGUCAGACACUGUAUGGAGACUAAAUGCAUCAUUUGAGUGUUCUACUGAUAAUAAAUGUUACUUUGGAGUACAAUAAAUAUGGAGGCUCUGGGUAAUAAACGGUCUUGGAGAACACAGUGCUUGAAAUGGACAAGCUAUACAUGUUCUUCAUGCCAAGGCUUGUUCUAGAGGAAGGGACCCAUCCUCCUCUGGCCAGCAAGAUCACCAGAACCUUAUGAACAUGAUGAGGCUGAGUCUCAGAGUCACUAUGGAACUCUGUGCUGCCCUUUUCCACUGGAUACCAGGAAGCACCUCUGGUGGUUGCCUAUUCCAGCUGUGUUUCAGAGGGCAAAAAUAUCCUUCAGUCAAUCCUCAUCCAUCUGGGAUAAAGAAAACCAAGUAAAUAAGACCCAAGAAAAUGGGGCACUAAGAAAGAAAAUGGCUCUUCUUUGCUAUAGACAUACUUCAGCUUCUGCGUUGUUUGGGUUACUUUUGUGGGGAUGGCUCUAUCGAACAGUAGCUGUUACCCAACAUUUGAAGCAUAUAGAACAUUAAAUGCUAUUAAGGACAAUAUCCACUAUCACACAUGCUUUUUCAGCUUCCCAUAUGGAGGGUAGAUGGAUAAAGUCUUCUGGAUAGAUUUUUUUCAAGGUGCCAAUGGUCAGAAUGGGAGUAGGGGUAAAGAAGGAAGAUAAACAAAACUCUGAGAAACCUAUAACUCUUCAUGGUUUUUCUACAUGGGAAGGAAACCAAAUAAGACUUAUCAGGAGAUUAGAUGUGACAAAUUUAGCAAUGUACUUACUCUGCAACCUUUUCCCUUCCGAAAACACAGUUGAUAUGUAUUUCCACUAAAGUAAUGCCAAUGAAUGAGCUAGUGUUAAGGCUCUGGUCAAGGUUGUUUUUCAGUAGUUUAAAGUCAAGUGCCUGAUACAGUCAUCUGCAAGUCUAAGCAAGUGUGUUUAGUUUUUUUCAUUCCUGUUUUAAAUGGGGGAGAGGGGAUGUCUAGGUGAGCAGUGGUCAAAACAUGCACAUAUGUUAUGCAGGGAGCAUUGUGCAUGGCUGUUCUGCAGCAAUUAUGCUAGCUGGAAUAGAAGGAAAGGUAAGGCUUUCUAUGAAAAAGAGGCCUUGGUCUUUGUCCCCUGAAACCUAUGCCUCAUACUAGAUGAUACCUUCCACAGGUGGGCAGUUCCUUCUCAAAACCUGGGUGGGAAGUGUUUUCCCCUGGGUGGAAGUGGACUCCAAAAACUCCACAACCAAGGCUAAGUUUAAGGACCUGUUUCUGCAUGGAUCCAGUCAACUUGGUCUCAACAUGGCGGUGUUAACAAGUUCUGCUUAUUUUGGAAGAACUCUUAUGUGAAAAGAGCGGAGAACCUCCAAGUGAGCAGUCAAUCUCAAAGAAAGCUUAUCAUUGCCAUUGUGUUGAGAAAUGGAAUACUCUAGUUGUGGUUGGUGCUUCCAGUGCCAGGAGGAAUGUUCUCUCCUCUGUAGUUGUAUAUGGAUGUCAUCAGAGCUGGGGAGAAAGAGGGAGGAAUGGCUCAAGAUGAGGUGGGGUAUGGGGGUGGGGUUAACUUUUCCAACUUGACCCCAAGUCCUCACCUGGAACCAGCCCACUUCCCCUUCCUACCUAACCCCCCUCCAAAAAAAAAAAAAAAAAAAGAAACCUUAUUUAAAGUAAAGUUUAAUAUAUUUGGAAUUGGGUGAAGGAACAUUAAAUUCUUCUUGUUGGCAAAUUUACUUUUUUCUUUUUCUCCAACAGUUAGGAUGUUUUGGUUUUGUUUCACAUAAGCUAUAUUCCUAGAAGCUUACACCCAAUUGCCUCUUCUUCUCCCAUCCAAAGCUUCCCUUUUGAUGUUCAGACAAAUAAGUUUGAGCAGUUGCAGUAAAACUUCACAGGUGUGUAACUAGGAAAGCAACAUUUUCAAAAGAUACCAUAUGAUGAGGACUCCUAAUGAUCACUAAAAACAAACAAAUAAAAAUGCCACUCUCAUUUUCCUCAUUUCUUACUUAAGAGAAGAGAAGUAAAUGAAAGGAGGAAGAAAUAGAUUUGCAAUUAAAUGAUAGGGCAGAAAGACAGAGAUGAACCAGUGCAAUUGAGCCUUCAGGUGCAGGAUCCUCGGAGUCCAAGGGAAUGUGGAGUGGACUUAAUUAGGCGCCAUUGUCUUCAUCCUGAAAGUAAGCAGCUAAGCCUCAUUUCCAGUAUUUUGAAAUAGAUUCCUUUUUGUUUCUUUCAGUGGUGCCCUUUUAAAAUGUGUACGAUUGUUCCAUGUCACGGAAUGGAGAAAGAAAGAUUAUGAACCCUCUACUAUCCUUCUAGGGCCGCAUUCUACAUUACUGGCAGAUUUAUAAGGAUAUCAAUAAUAGCGAUGAUAAGUAAUAAUAGCUGCCCUUGUGUUAGUUAAAGGGAGCCUUUUUAAUCAUUCAAAAUUUUUUGUGACCUGUAAAGUGCAGUUGUGAGGAAUGUGUGGGUGUACGAAAAUGUAUCUGUCAAGUUCAGAGUCCUCUAGAUUAAAAAAAAAAAUUAUGACUUAUCAAUGGUGCCGUUAUAGCUGUGUCAGACGAUGGGUGUGUCCAUUCUCACAAUUAUCCUUAAAACAAAUCUAUGUUUAAAUGCUUUAAAAAAUUAUCACAUGAUACAAGAGUAUAACUUCUAGAAUUCUUUUUCUUUUGUUUUCUUUCUUAUUUUUUCCUUCAAAAAUCAAUGAAGACUUGAUUUCUGUCAAUAAUUGUAUUAAGGGUGAAUAUACUACCUGAAUUUUGUGCAUGUUACAUUGUAGUUGUAACCUUUUCUAAUUCAGGAUGAAUACGAGAUGGUUGUGAUUGUGCAGUGUAUCAAUAAAGUUCAAAGAAAUUUGUAA